AUACAUAGUUCUCGAGAGCUUUUAAUAGUUUUUAUAAUAAAGAAAACUAUCGGACAUUUUAUAACAGUUUGUUGUUAAGAAAGUCUGACAUUCUGAUAUGAUAUUGUAUUACAUAUGUUCGAAUUACAUUUUUUCCUUCGUCGGUUAGCGUGAAUUGUUUAUAUUUUUGUUCGAGAAUGUCGAAUCUUUCGAUAAAUGAUAGGAUCAUGUUGGAUAGUAUGGAUCAAAACUAUACGAACACACGUCCAAAAUUUCAACCAAUACGCGUAAAAGAGUUGUUACAUUUUUGUGACACUGAUGAUGAUGAAAGUGAAGACAAACCAGAAGACGAUUCCAGUAGUGAAUCAGACCCUGACGAUGUACAACCUUUACCUGAAGAUAGUAUCGUUGAAGACGAUUCCAAUAAUGCAUUACCUUUGAUCAGUACAAAAUGUAAUGAUGACUUAGUUCCAUCUUGUGAAGUUUCACAGACUAACAUUCCUUCGAAACUCGAAGAACCAACUUUAGCUGACAAUAUUGUUAAGUGUACAACAAAUAGUGUAACUACCAAUGUGCAUGUUCCUACACACAGUAAUUAUAAUGAUGUAAAUUUAUGUAAUAAUGUAUUAAAAAGUUCUGGAGAAGACAAUUUUGACAUCAACGAUGACAUUAGUGUGUCACGGCAGUCUUCAAAAUUUAAGGAGCAUGAAUAUAACGCAAAAUGUGAAAGAAACACAAAGCCUGAACAAGUAAAUAAUGUGCAAUUAAAUUGUGAAAAUGCUUGUACCCAAGAGAAAGAUUCUCAGAAUGAGUACAAAAAUAGGCAUAUCUCUAACGAAGAGAUUAAAAGACAAUCGAGCGAAGAGCAACCUUAUAAAAGUGAUUUUCAAUCCAUAGAUCAACAUAAUUAUUAUAAAACGAGUAACAAUGAAUUUCAGUCUCUUGUGUUUCCAUCUCAACAUUUUGGGAAUGUAUUACAAUCUGGUAGCUGUAAUCAACAAAAUACAAAUAUAAAGGUAGAUACAUUAGAGCCAAAGCCGAUCAUAAAUGAAGAAAAAGUACAUCAUGAGAAUAUUUCAUCAAAUAUUGAGUCAUUACAAGCUCCAAUCGAACAAAUGGUAUUUCAAACUCCUUUGAAACAUGUACCAACUACUUCUUCACGGCCAGAACCAUGUUUCUCGCGUAGAAAUAUUGCUCAAACACCACAGAGCAAAAUAGAUAUAUUGAAGAAUCAUGGACUAACCCCAGUUACAGCUUCAACUCAUUGGUCUCAAAAUAAUAUUAAACAAACACCGCUGCAAAAUAACACUUUUAAGGAUGCUAUUCAAACCCCCAAAAAUCCUGUUUAUUUUACACCUAAUAUGACAAGACACGAAACUCAAAGGUAUUUAAACUCGGAGAGCAAAAUGAGACAACCUUUGGCAGACACAGGAAGUCUUGCGCACAAUAAUGUUUCAAAAAAGAGUUUGUUACAAGGCUCUCAACUUUACAAAGUAAACGAAGAAACGCCUAACAGUCGAAAUAAAUUAUUUAAUAAAAAUGUAAGUACUAUUGCGAGUGUAGCUAAACAUAUAUCUAAAGCAUCAGAAAAUGCUGUACAAUUGGAAUCGGGCAUUAAUGAACGAUUGAAGGAAAAUGAUUAUCCGAAUGUAGAGGAUGUGUUGGUGGAUAAAGGGACGACAGAACAGAAUAAGAUAGCAAAUAGUGAACAGAUAACUCAUUCCGAUAAAAAUAGCAAAGAGACUUCUAAAGCAGUAUGUAAUAAUCUGCAAAAUCAAUACGAGAUGGAUAGUAAUCAAAACCAGCCGCAAAAGCCAAAAACAGCUGUAGAUAAUGCAUCAAAUGUACAAUUUUCAAUGCCAUCUAACAUUUCCAAAUCAAGACCCACCAAGACCCUUUUUGUAAAAGGAAAGGAGUAUUUAAUUUUGGGCAUACUUGGUCAAGGUAUGAGUGGAGAAGUUUUGAGAGUACAAGACUUAUCCACUCUUGAAUUGUCUGCCAUUAAGUGUGUCUAUCUUAAUCGUAUGGACAAGGACUCUGCACAAGGUUGCUUAGAGGAAAUUUCCAUGCUACACAAAUUACAAGCGCCAUGCGUUGUUAAGAUGUUCGAUUACGAAAUUAAGUAUCCAAUGGUCUUUGUGGUAAUGGAAAUGGGAGACACUGAUCUCAGUCGCCUUUUAAAAAGUAUGACACAAGAGAAGCAAAUUUCUUAUGCAAUGAUUCUUUAUUACUGGACAGAAAUGUUGACAGCUGUUAAACAUAUACACGAUAAUGGAGUAAUUCAUUCGGAUUUGAAACCCGCAAAUUUUUUAUUAGUACGAGGGAGAUUGAAACUUAUAGAUUUUGGAAUUGCUUCUAGUAUGAAUGGUGAUAUGACAUCUGUCAUAAAAAACUGUCCAAUUGGAACGUUAAAUUAUAUCAGUCCAGAAGCGUUGAUGGACGUUGGUGGAAGUUCCGAUUCUCCUACGCAAAAUGUCAAAUAUAAGAUUACUUUCAAGUCGGAUGUCUGGUCAUUAGGAUGUAUUUUGUAUAGUUUAGUGUAUGGUCAUACACCGUUUCAUCAUAUCCGUUCACAAUGGGCCAAAGUGAACGCGAUAACAAAUCCAAAACCGAAUAUUCAUUUCCCCGCAACUUUGUCAAGAGAGAGCGAUAAUAAAGGUGUACCACCACCGCCAAUUUUAAUCGAUGUGAUGCGUAAGUGCCUUCAACAUGACCCAAAGAAACGGCCAACAGUGGCAGAACUUUUGCUAAUAGAAUACGUACCUACCAAGCAAGAACACACGUUAACGUCAACUCCCAACAUUCCGGCAAAUAUUUUAGUGAAAAUAAAACGUGUGUUAAACGAGACCGAAUGGCGGCAAUUAAUACAGGCUUUGGAAAAUACACAAUAGGCAUAAUGCUAUCCGGAUUAAGCACUUCUGUUUAUGUACAUAAAUUAUUUUAUACAUAACAAUCGACAAUAAUAUGUAAGGUGCUUAUUUAGUUGUAUUAUAGUAAAAUGCGGGAUUA